CCUACGUAAAACCAAUGGCGACUGAGUAGAGAAUGAACAGAGAAUUUGAGUGAGAGAUAAGGACAACGCGGGCUCCUCAGCAGCACUGGGACUAGGCACCGCCGCAAGCACGCCCCUUACCUUGAACGCGAACGAUAUCCUACCUUGCAGAGCAGCUCAACAGUGCUCGAGCCGCACAGCUGCUGCUCCAACGCAAUCGCGAAUUUUUUUCCUGAAAAACAUUGUUGCACCUUUCAUUAAACGUGGACCUAACACCACCUUACUACCUUGACAUGGGAGACAUGGGGGAUCCGCCUAAAAAAAAACGACUGAUUUCUUUAUGCGUUGGAUGCGGAAAUCAAAUUCAAGAUCAGUAUAUUCUGAGGGUCUCUCCAGAUCUAGAAUGGCAUGCAGCAUGUUUGAAAUGUGCAGAAUGCAAUCAAUAUUUGGACGAGUCUUGCACCUGCUUUGUUAGAGACGGGAAAACCUAUUGCAAAAGGGACUACAUCAGGUUAUAUGGGAUCAAGUGCGCUAAAUGCAACAUAGGUUUCAGCAAGAAUGAUUUCGUCAUGAGAGCGCGCUCCAAGGUGUACCAUAUCGAGUGUUUUCGGUGUGUGGCCUGCAGCCGGCAGCUUAUCCCCGGGGACGAGUUUGCUCUAAGAGAAGAUGGCCUGUUUUGCAGGGCAGACCACGACGUUGUGGAGCGGGCAACAAUGGGGGCAGGGGACCCCCUUAGUCCACUACACCCCGCAAGACCUUUACAGAUGGCGGAGCCCAUAUCUGCCAGACAACCUGCACUUCGCCCGCACGUUCACAAGCAGCCGGAGAAAACGACUCGGAUUAGGACGGUACUCAACGAGAAACAGCUUCACACUUUGAGAACUUGUUACAACGCCAACCCGAGACCAGACGCCCUCAUGAAGGAGCAGCUGGUGGAAAUGACGGGCCUUAGUCCCAGAGUCAUCAGGGUCUGGUUUCAAAAUAAGCGAUGCAAGGACAAAAAGAGGAGUAUUCUAAUGAAACAACUCCAGCAACAGCAACCCAAUGACAAAACGAAUAUCCAGGGGUUGACAGGGACUCCUAUGGUGGCUGCUAGUCCAGAGAGACACGACGGUGGUUUGCAGGCAAACCCAGUGGAGGUGCAGAGUUACCAACCGCCUUGGAAAGUACUGAGCGACUUCGCACUGCAGAGUGACAUAGACCAGCCUGCAUUUCAGCAAUUGGUCAGUUUUUCGGAAGGAGGACCAGGUUCUAAUUCGACUGGGAGUGAAGCUGCAUCCAUGUCAUCUCAGCUGCCAGAUACACCAAACAGCAUGGUAUCGAGUCCUAUAGAGGCAUGAAAGGGUGGAUUUCUAACCCAUUUCAAAUGCCCGAAUAUAGGAGGCGUUGGAAAACGGGACAUAUGAACUACGGCCCAGACCAGUGGUGCGAUCUGGUUUUUACAUACAAAAGUGAACUUAUCAACUGCACGAAGCCUCUUUAUUUAAACAACCGCUGGUUUUAUGUGUGUACACUGUGAAGACAAUCAUGGGAAUAACCAAGGAGCCAAAACCUGCUUCGACAACAUCCAAGAAAUCGUUCUGAAUAACCUACGAGAAGAUGUCCAUGGUGUAAAUGCUAUGUGCUGCACGGAAACAGAGAAUAUGUGCAAGCAUUUUGACAAGAACAAAUGGAUAGGCAUUGUCUCAUCAUGUUUAAAUUGGUCGGCCUGUUAGGAUGGUUACAGCCCUGUCAAAAAAAGGAAGAAGAAAAAAAACAAAAACAAACGGAAAGUCCGUUGGCCUAUUUGAAAUCGGUACCUAAGGUACAGGAUAUAUGAUGGUGCAAUCUGAAAUUCAGAUUGACACAUCCUUGCGCGCAAUGUUUGAUUUUCAACCCAAGGACGCAUCAGUGCCGUUUCAUGAGAUCACAAACCACAACAUAACGUUUGGAUGGGGAUCGCGGAUAGGCCUAUCCCUUGUCAUCUUGUGUUGAAUUAUCUCUUUAAAAGCCCAAGUACUAAAGCAUUUCAACAAGGUAUACCUCUAUUUUGCCACAAGCUUCAUGGGAAUAUUGUGUGUGAGUUUGUGUCCAUCCAAUGACCUUUUCCCAAAGAUGUGUAGAUAUUGGUUAAAACGUUGAUUAGUUCUGGAUUUUUGUUCUGUCCUUGAACGGCAAAAAUAAAAUAUAUAGAUAAUUUAUUAUUUAUUGUCGAAAGACGUGCCACUUUUCAUAUAUCUCUGUUUGCUGAAGUAAAACGACAAGCCGUGGUCUGAAUUAUCUUAGAAUUGUCUUUACGUGGUCUUUGAAUUAUCUGUCUAAUUUUUGUGUCCUGUCAUUUCUUGAAGACUAUGUAAACAAGGCCAUAUGUCGAAAUAUCUCGUCAGGACUAUUUCACAAUAAAAAUUUUGACAGAAGUCAAAAGUUUAUAUUA